UCAACCUUUACAGGGUUCCACAAAGAAGAAGCUGAGCGGAAGACGUUAGCAAGUUCCUUGUUUGCAUGAAGGCGUCAUGGCGGAGUUGAACCGGCAGCUGCAGGAGUAUUUAGCUCAGUCCAAAGGCGGCGGUGCCGCCAAGACAAUCUCUCAGUCUCGCUCAAGUACCACGUUGGAGAUAGGCGACGCGCAGCCAGUCCCUGGAAGUUGGUUCGGCCAGUGGUCCAGUCCGUGGUCUGGAAGCCGUGGCAGUAAUGCUGCGGCCCAGAGCUCCAGCAGCAGUUGGCCGUGGUCAGCUGAGCCGGACCCCUGCCUGCCCGGCGUUUCUCGCCGCCAACGGCUGGCGAUAUUCGGGAUGUUAGCGGCAUUGUCGGCGCUGUGCUUCGGUUUGUCGUUCUUGUACGCGCCCUUGUUGCUGCUCUACGCCCGCAAGUUCGCACUGCUAUGGUCGCUCGGUUCACUUUUCGCCAUUGCGGCCGCAGCAGUGCUCCGUGGACCCAGCAAGCUGGUCGCCGGCCUGCCCACCUCGCCCGGAGCUGCCGUGUACCUGUGCGCCCUCGGGGGGACUCUGUAUGCCGCGUUGAGCCUUCACAGCACCGCGCUGACCGCACUCGGAGCCGCAGCGCAGGUCACCGCUAUCGUCGGCUACGUUGUGUCGCUGUUUCCCGGAGGAAGUGCUGGGAUCCGUUUCAUGGGCGGGAUGGCGGCGUCCGCUAUUAAAAGGACAGUGAGCGGCAAAACUAUGCCAAUAUGACGUCACGGCCCCUGUGAGCAUUGAUUGGUGUUGUCACAACCAGCAGUUUUGAUGGUUGACAUUUGAAGUGUGAAUGUUUAUUACAUCAUGAAAACAUUUCUUACAAAAAGCAACAAGGAAAGUGAAGACUUUGACGGCUGAAGAUACUGACCAGUCACAUGACCAGUGUCACGUGGCCUGCUUUCACUCAGCUGAUUCACAGCAGCACUUUGACAGUCACAUCAAGGGUAAAGGGGCAAAGUCUGGGACUACCGGCCCCGACCACCACCCCGCAUCACACCUCUUGGUGGAAGGGCUCCUCUCCUUAGCGCUGGACCCCACCCACCCCGGCCUCCUCUCCCCGGUGGACCGUAACCACCUUCGUCCCUAUGAGGAGGUCGUCCUGGGUCGGGGAGACACAGCAGAGCCCAUGUCAACACAUUAUCUAUGAUGAUCAUUAUUGAUGAUUUAAUUGUGGAUGAUAUUUGGUGAUAAUGAUCUUUAUAAAAGUUGAAUGAUUAAUAAAUGAAAUGUUUCUCAGA